ACUCUGUCUGAUCCUCCCCUUCUUCCAGUGUCACCCUCUUAUCUCCUGAUAAGACAUAUUGUGUGGAGACACUCUACACAUGCUUAGUUUGGUUUAUAUUGCUAGAAAGAGUGCAUGGGAUCAGCACAGGGCCAAUCAGCACUGUCCAGACAGAGGUCAGGAGUUCUGCAUCCUUCCUGGAGCAGAAUGAAAGCUCCUCCUAUGAGCUUUAACCUGUGCUCUGCUGAACACUAACAGAAGUCAAAAGACUGCUCUAACUGCUGAUGAGAAAAGGUAUUUAGCAGUUUUUUAUUUACUAA